GCAAAGCCACAUCUCACUUGGAGAUCUAGAUCAUCUUUUCUUUUCUUUUUUCAUACGUAUUGUAUUUACUCUUUCAAAAUAACUGAAGAACUAUUUGAACAUCUGAAGAUGAAUUUACCACUCAAGAGGCUUUUGAUUUUUUGCUUAGUGGCUGUUGCAGAAGAAAUGCUUGGUAUGACGACAGCUGCUGAUACCCCUGAAUCCGCCACGACUGUCACUCCACCUGCUCCCACCACAACUGUCACUCCACCUGCUCCCACCACGACUGUCACUCCACCUGCUCCCACCACAACUGUCACUCCACCUGCUCCCACCACGACUGUCACUCCACCUGCUCCCACCACAACUGUCACUCCACCUGCUCCCACCACGACCGUCACUCCACCUGCUCCCACCACGAAUGUCCCUCCACCAGGUCCCACCAUGACUGUCGCUCCAUCUGGUUCCACCACGACCGUAACUCCACCUGCUCCAUCCACGACUGUUACUCCACCUGCUCCAACCACGACCGUUACUCCACCUGCUCCCACCACAACAGUCACUCCACCUGCUCCCACCACGACCGUCACUCCACCUGCUCCCACCACGACCGUCACUCCACCUGCUCCAACCACGACCGUUACUCCACCUGCUCCCACCACAACAGUCACUCCACCUGCUCCCACCACGACCGUCACUCCACCUGCUCCCACCACAACUGUCGCUCCACCAGGUCCCACCACGACUGUUGCUCCACCAGGUCCCACCACGACCGUCGCUCCACCAGGUCCCAGCACGACUGUUGCUCUAUCUGGUCCCACCACGACCGUUACUCCACCUGCUCCAACCACGACCGUUACUCCACCUGCUCCAACCACGACCGUUACUCCACCUGCUCCCACCACGACUGUCGCUCCACCUGCUCCCACCACAACUGUCGCUCCACCUGCUCCCACCACGACUGUCGCUCCACCAGGUCCCACCACGACUGUUGCUCCAUCUGGUCCCACCACAACUGUCGCUCCACCUGGUCCUACCAUGACUGUUGCUCCAUCUGGUACUACACCUGGGACACUCACCAUCACAACUGAGGCCACCACAACCACUACCACACAAGGUCCCUGUUCCUCAAGUCCUUGUAUCGGAGACAGUAUCUGUCAUGAACGUCAUGGUGGCUUCUUUGUUUGCAUCUGCCGGACUGGGCUGGUUUACGACAACGUAAGAGGCUGUUCUCAAGCAAAAGUCUUCCCUGGUUCUUUAACUUUGAAAGAUGAUUUUCAAAUGGAAAUGUUUGAUGAAACGUCACAACUGUUUAGAGAAACAGCUGAAAGAAUUCAAAAUGAGCUGGCACAAGCUCUUAAUGGUGAUGGCUACAUUAAUUCCAUCGUUUUGAAACUAAGUGCUGGUAGUAUAAUUGCAGAAGUGCAGAAUUUCUAUGAACUUUCAUCCAAUGCCACAACGGAUUCAGUUAAAGCCAAGAUUGAUGAAGCAAUUGACAAAAAAGUCAUUACAAAUGCCGAUUCAUUUACUCAAGAAAAUGUGUGUACUGCUUUCUGUGACAAUACCACCACAGACUGUACGGGUGAUGGUAUUGCGACGUGCAGUUGCAAAGAAGGGUACAUCAGAUCCCAAAUCACAUCUCAGGCCUGCAUUUCUUGUCCCAGUGGGGAACAGGCAAUUGAUUCACAACGCUGUGAAACGUGUCCAUUUGGCUUCUCUGGAUUCAACUGCAAUGAUCCAUAUCUUCUGGUCGUGGUCGUGGAGUCCUGUGUGUUGGGUGGAUUUCUGAUCAUCUUUAUGGUGUCCCUGAUAGUUGUAAGCUGCAGGAAUCCAAAGGAAAAAUCCUCAUCCAAAGAAGAAUUAAGUCCAUAUAAGGAUAUUGAAAUGCGCAAACCUGCGGGAGUUCCCAGGAUCCCCCGGGCAAACCCUACUGCCGGCUGGCAGCCUGCCAAUCUGGAGACAACCAAUAGUGGGAGCACUCAGGCACUGGUGACCAAAGAUCACUCAGAGAACAAAGCACGUUACACUGAUUAUGAUGACUAUGACGAGGUGAGCUACAAGAGUCAAGUUCCUCCAGCAUACUCUGGCUAUGGUGUGAAGGGAGUGGAAAAUGGCUCAAGGGGAUUGCAAAACUCAUACUAUCGGCAAGAUGAUGACAGAAUGCGCAGAUAUUAGCAUCACAUGUUCAGGACAAAUCCCUGCAUUUGGAUGAUUUUGUUUCUUCUUCACUUGGACUGUAUUACUUUGUAUUUUAUUUUUAUUUUUUUACUUCUUUAUGGCCAAAACUUCAAAGGUUAAAAUCAGUUUCAAGGCAGAGAAUAAUUAAAUACAGCUAUAACAAACAGAAUUCCUCCAUUUUUACAUUUUGUGGUAUUACAUUAAGUUUUUUUUUUUUUUUUUUUUUUUUUUUUAAUAUGCUUUUUGUUUUAAAGAAGUAUUUGGAUAAAAUAAAAGAUUCUUCUUGAAUGCAAGUUAUGUCCUUAACAUUUAUAGAUUUUUUUUUUGUUUGUUUGUUUUUCCAGCAAUAAUCAAAACAUAUUCAUGCUUAUAAUUCAGCAGUUGUUGUGAAGUCAAAUAUUUUUAUGUUUUUCAUGUUUAUGACAUAUAAUGGUUUUAAUGCUGUUAAAUGUUAAUGUUAGCACUGUUCAUCACUCAGUU